AGCCAAUGGCACAAGGGUUUCAGGCCCAACGCCCAUUGGCUGAAACUAUUUCAAGGGUCAGGUUUGUACCUGAACUCAUGGUCACAGGACUUGGUGGAGGAGUGCUCGUGAGCUCAUAGGUUUGGUGCCUGAAGGCUGCUUUGCUCAGACGUGGAAGGCUUUGCGAGUCAUGGACCACUACGUGAUCCAGACAAAUGACAGUGCCAGCCUGCCUUCAGUUCUGGAUGUGCAUGUCAAUAUUGGUGGGAGAAGCUCAGUGCAGGGAAAGAUGAAAGGCAGGAAGGCCAGAUGGAAUGUAAGGCCCUCUGACAUGUCCAAUAACACUUUUAAUCCCAUCCGGGCCAUCGUGGACAACAUGAAGGUGAAGCCCAAUCCAAACAAAACUGUGAUCUCACUGUCAAUUGGUGACCCUACUGUGUUUGGAAACCUGCCUACAGACCCUGAAGUUACCCAAGCCAUGAAAGAUGCCCUGGACUCAGGGAAAUACAAUGGUUAUGCCCCAUCCAUUGGCUACCUGUCCAGUCGGGAGGAGAUCGCUUCCUAUUAUCACUGUGCUGAGGCUCCCCUGGAAGCUAAGGAUGUCAUUCUGACAAGUGGCUGCAGUCAGGCUAUUGAGCUCUGUUUAGCUGUGUUGGCCAAUCCAGGACAAAACAUCCUUAUUCCGAGGCCUGGGUUUUCCCUCUAUAGGACUUUGGCUGAAUCUAUGGGAAUUGAGGUCAAGCUCUACAAUCUACUGCCUGAGAAGUCUUGGGAAAUUGACCUAAAACAACUGGAAUCUCUGAUUGAUGGCAAGACGGCUUGUCUCGUUGUCAACAACCCCUCAAAUCCCUGUGGUUCCGUGUUCAGUAAGAGGCACCUUCAGAAGAUACUGGCAGUGGCUGAAAGGCAAUGUGUCCCCAUCUUAGCUGACGAGAUCUACGGUGACAUGGUGUUUUCCGAUGGCAAAUAUGAACCCCUGGCCACCCUCAGCACCAAUGUCCCCAUCCUGUCCUGCGGUGGGUUGGCCAAGCGCUGGCUGGUUCCUGGUUGGAGGUUGGGCUGGAUCCUCAUACAUGAUCGAAGAGACAUUUUUGGCAACGAGAUUCGAGAUGGGCUGGUGAAGCUGAGCCAGAGGAUCCUGGGGCCGUGCACCAUUGUCCAGGGAGCCCUGAAAAGUAUCCUUCAGCGGACCCCUCAAGAGUUCUACCACGACACUUUAAGCUUCCUUAAGUCCAAUGCAGAACUCUGCUAUGGGGCAUUGGCUGCCAUUCCUGGACUCCAGCCAGUUCGCCCUUCUGGAGCCAUGUACCUUAUGGUUGGAAUUGAGAUGGAACAUUUCCCAGAGUUUGAGAAUGAUGUGGCGUUCACAGAGCGGUUAUUUGCUGAGCAGUCUGUCCACUGCCUCCCAGCGACAUGCUUCGAGUACCCAAAUUUCUUCCGAGUUGUCAUCACGGUCCCCGAGGUGAUGAUGCUGGAGGCUUGUAGCCGGAUCCAGGAGUUCUGUGAACAGCACUACCACUGUGCUGAGGGCAGCCAGGAGGAGUGUGACAAAUGACGUGUGCCUUCACGCAUCCUCCUGAAGACGUGCGCCCUCACGCAUCCUCCUGAAGACGUGCGCCCUCACGCAUCCUCCUGAAGACGUGCGCCCUCACGCAUCCUCCUGAAGACGUGCGCCCUCACGCAUCCUCCUGAAGACGUGCGCCCUCACGCAUCCUCCUGAAGACGUGCGCCCUCACGCAUCCUCCUGAAGACGUGCGCCCUCACGCAUCCUCCUGAAGACGUGCGCCCUCACGCAUCCUCCUGAAGACGUGCGCCCUCACGCAUCCUCCUGAAGACGUGCGCCCUCACGCAUCCUCCUGAAGACGUGCGCCCUCACGCAUUCUCCUGAAGACGUGCGCCCUCACGCAUCCUCCUGAAGAUGCGUCCCAUCCAAAGAGGGCUGCACUGGGCUGUUCCCCUUCAGGGAGUUAGGUGUCCAUCCAGUCACAUCCUACACACACCCGGAACCCCAAAUUCUCCACUCACUGGACUCUGCUGGAGGGACCCAGGAGUUCAUUGCAUGCCCACCCUACCCCCUACAGUUUUAUAGCUUCCUUAUCCUGAGAGCACCAGGAGAGCAGGUUUACCAGAAAGAAGGUGGAACGAGAAAAGUGAGAGGUCAGGAUGGGAGAACCAGGAUGACUCCCACGCUGUCAGGAGCAUCCUCUCCACCCAGGUCCCAGGUCACCUCUGGGGCUGCCUCACUUCAGACUCGCCUUGCACUCUUUCAUGUAGAGCUACAUUGGAAGGAAUGUGAACUCGGUUAAUUGUCUUCUCAGCACAUUAGCAAACUAUUUAAAGGGUCCUUGGCAGAAGGUUUUUUUUUUUUUUUUUUUUUUUUUUUUUUUUUUUUUUUAGAAUUAUUUUGCAGCACCAAUAAAUGCCAGCUUCCUAACCGAUCGGCUUCCAACGUUUAGAUUCACUUGCAUCAGGUUUUCUCAAAAACAGGAAGACACCUCAUUGUGGGAGGAAGAAGGGAUGACAGCGCUUGCCAGAGACACUGCUGUGUGCAGGCCGGCACCCUCCGCGGAGCCUUCUUGUAGAGGCAUCGUCACUUCUGCUGCCAUGUGGAUAUUGAUUUAUUAAUAUUUGUUAUAUUAUCUUUUCGUAUAUUUUCUAAGAAACAUUUAUAUUAUUAGAUCUUUUAUUUUGUCAAGGGCAUAAAUUAUUAUUUUCUUUUUUAAAAUAAAUUUUAUCAAGUAUG